AUGAAGGUUGCCGCUUACGCCUCUCUGAUUGGAGCCGCCACGGCUGCCAUCACGCCUGGCCAGUCCAUUCUCAAAGCCCCCAAGCAGGCGAACGAGGCAUGGUCUAAGCCUCUGCAUAACUUGCAAGAGACUCUCAAGUCCUUGACCGGCGAGGCCCGCCAGAUCUGGGAUGAGGUCGCCCUCAUGUUCCCCGAGGCAAUGGACCAGACCAGCUUCUUCUCCCUGCCCAAGCCUCACUCGCGCAAGCAUGACAACGAGUGGGACCACAUCAUGAAGGGUGCCGACGUCCAGAGCGUCUGGGUCGAGAACGCCAAGGGCCAGAAGGAAAGAGAGAUCGAGGGCAAGCUCGAGAACUACAGCCUGAGAACCAAAAAGGUCGACCCCAGCCACCUCGGCGUCGACAAGGUCAAGCAGUACAGCGGUUACCUCGACGAUGACGAGGAUGACAAGCACUUGUUUUACUGGUUCUUCGAGUCCCGCAACGACCCCAAGAACGACCCCGUCAUUCUGUGGCUCAAUGGUGGCCCCGGCUGCUCUUCCUUGACCGGUCUGUUCAUGGAGCUUGGCCCCUCGUCUAUCAACAAGGACGGUAGCCUCAAGUACAACCCCUCGUCAUGGAACGCCAACGCCUCGGUCAUCUUCCUUGACCAGCCCGUCAACGUCGGCUACUCGUACAGUGGCAGCUCCGUCACCAAUACUGUCGCCGCCGGCAAGGACGUCUACGCCCUCCUGACUCUCUUCUUCAAGCAGUUCCCCGAGUACGCCAGCCAGCCUUUCCACAUCUCUGGCGAGUCUUACGCUGGCCACUACAUCCCCGUCUUCGCUUCUGAGAUUCUCUCUCACAAGAAGCGCAACAUCAACCUCCAGUCUGUUCUCAUCGGCAACGGUCUUACCGACGGUCUGACCCAGUACCCCGAGUACCGCCCCAUGGCAUGUGGCGAAGGUGGUUCUCCUGCCGUCCUCGACCCUCAACAGUGCCAGGCUAUGGACAACGCUCUGCCCCGUUGCUUGAGCUUGAUUCAGAGCUGCUACGACAGUGAGAGCGUCUGGUCUUGCGUUCCUGCUUCCAUCUACUGUAACAACGCCAUGAUUGGUCCUUACCAAAAGACUGGCCGCAACCCUUACGACAUCACCAAGAAGUGCGGCAGCAACAGCCUCUGCUACGAUGAGCUUGAUUGGAUCAGCGAGUACCUUAACAGACCCGAGGUCAUGAAGGCUCUCGGUGCCGAGGUCAGCAAGUACGACUCCUGCAACUUUGACAUCAACAGAAACUUCCUCUUCGCCGGCGAUUGGAUGCAGCCCUUCCACCGCCUCGUCCCUGGUAUCCUCAAGGAGAUCCCCGUCCUGAUCUACGCUGGCUCGUUGGACUACAUCUCUUGGACCGAGGCUCUUGAGUGGCCCGGUCACAAGGACUUCAAGAAGACCCCUCUUGAGGACUACGUUCUCCUGGACGGCACCACUGCUGGAGCCGUCAAGAGCAGUGGUAACUUCACUUUCAUGAGAAUUGAUGGUGGUGGCCACAUGGUUCCUUACGACCAGCCCGUUGCUUCCCUCGAGAUGGUCAACCGCUGGGUUGCGGGAGAGUGGCUUGCUUAA